AUGCGCGCCACAACCCGUCUCCUCGCCGUCGUCCGCCCGGCCACCCAGGCAGCCGCCUCCUCGGCUUCCAAGGGCAAGUUUCUCGUCCCCGGCGCGCCGACCGGCCUCACUGGCCUCGGCACCCACCCCUCGCCCCGCUCCGCCCUCCUCUACCUUUACCACUCCACCCUCGAGAAGUUGAAGCAGAUUCCCGAGCACUCGGUCUACCGCCAGUCGGUCGAGGCCGUCACGCGGCAUCGGCUGGCGCUUGUCGAAAGCGUCGUGCCCGAGGGAUAUGAUGCUUGGGUGGAGCGAGCAAAGAAGCUUCUGGAGGAGCAUGCGGAUCAGUUUGACCCCACGAAGGUUGGGCCUGAGGGAGGUGAGGAGGUGCAAGGAGCGAGGGCAGUGAAAGUGGAGAGGGACGGGAGGGUUUUUGUAGUGAGCCGGCUGCCGAAGGAGGAGGAUGAGAGGGUGUUGGAGUGGGAUGGCGAGGUGGACGAGGGUCCGGAGUUGGAGGGGAGUCGGACGUUGGAGGAGAAGAUCGAGGGGGGGUUGGAGAAGAUUUUUACGAGGCGGGAUGUCAAGGAUACGGUUGGGCGGGUUGAGUGGGAGCCGGAGCCGCAGUUGACGGCGGAGCAGGUCGCUGAGCUCGAGAACAAGAUUGGUGCUGGCCUCAUCGAGGAGGUCAUCCAGGUCGCUGAGGGCGAGCUCAAGCUGGUUGAUACCAUGGUCAAGGCUCGGGUUUGGGAACCCCUCGAGGAGCAGCCGCGCCCUGGCCAGUGGGAGUACUUUGAGCGCAAGCCCUGA